AGAGGUGCUGCUGUGUCAGUGUGGAGGAGGCCUGCAGCCCACCAUGGGUCACAGGAAGCUGUGUCUGCUGCUGCUGCUCAGCUGCUGCGCGCGGGCUCGUAAGUACCGACCCGUCCUCGUGCACGCACACGAGGACGUUAGUCUCACUCACGCCGUUUUUCUACAUGAGGACGAGACGGACGUGGACCAACAAACUGCAGCGUGUCAGUCAGCAUCCAGAUUCAAGGCCUUCAGGAAGUACGUGUAUCGGUACAGCACAGAGAGCCGGAACAGCGCGACCGGCGCCGCCGACCUGAGAGACGGCCAUGCGCUCACCUGUCAGGUGGAGGUCGAGGUCCCCCACCCGUGCAAGUUCAUCAUGCACACCAGGGGCUGCACCCUCAGGCCGGCCCCCAGCUCGGACGCCUUCCAGGCCGCCAUGGAAAGUGGUGGGAUGGUGCGGUGGUGGGAUGGUGCGGUGGUGCGGUGGUGGGAUGGUGGGAUGUGCGGUGGUGUGAUGGUGUGGGCAUUUGGGCCCCUGACCACGCUCACUGUGCCCUCCCUGUGUGACCUCAGUGACCUCUACUAUCCUCUUUUCUGCUGUUUUCUCCCUUUGCAGAGCACCGUGCACGGUCAGUGCGUCACUCUGGUGAACUCGAGCAGUGAUGUUGCCACAGGUGUGACGCUGGUCAGAGAUCUGUCCCAGUGUGACCAGUUCUACAGCAGAGAGCUGACCAACAGCCCGCUGGCCCUGCUGCAAAGACUGCACAGCCCGAUGUCCAAGCUGAUCACAAGCACUCAAAGCUGCAGCUACCAGUUUGAUCGGAGGGAAAGGCACAUCACCACAGCCUCGUGCACAGAAAACCACAGCUACCGGCCGCUCUUCCACACGGACAGCACGGUGUCGUCGGAGCUGACGCAGGAGCUGCGCUUCCAGAGCAACAGGAGGACCAGCAACAGAGACUUCAGUGUGGAGCGUGACCAGGUGAGGCCCCUUCACUUUGAAGACCCUGAAGAUAAAUCUCCAGUGCAGACGGGAGACGAUGUUCUGACCACCUUACGGGAGCUGGUGACGUUAGCAGGCUCAGACCAGGGUCAAAAAAGGGCGGGGCUUUUCCAUAAGCUGGUGUCCGGCCUGCGCGCCCUGAGGAACGAGACCCUGAGCCGGGCGGUCCCUGAGAUGCGAGCGGCAUCGGGCUGGCUCACCUGGCAGGCCCUGUUCCAGUGCGGGACCUCAGAGUGCACCAGCGCCAUCCUGCAGAUUAUCCGGACCAUCGACGGCGUUUCCCUGGAGACGGACGCUCUGGUCUACGCCCUGAGCCUGCGGGCUGACCCUGAUGCUGCACGUGUGCGAGACAUGCUCAGCAUGGCUCAGUAUAAACAGAGCAAGCCCAUCAUGUACGCUCUGGCCAACACAGUGAAGAAGAUCCAUAAAAACACAGUAACGCCGGAGGUCACGGAUGUGCUCACAGACGUGUCAAAGUUCAUGGAGGUGCUGUUAAACGACUGCUCAGUCCCACGCUACGACUCUGACCCCGCAGAGAUGUCCUUCCUUGUCCUGAGGGUCGUUGGGGUCAUGGGUCAGGCCAUGCAAGCCGUCAGCCCCAGCCUGAUCUCGUCCAUUUUACGAUGUGCAAAGAAAGCAGAAGUCCCACUGUCACAUCAAAAGGCAGCCAUACAGGCCUUUAGACGGAUGGACGUCAGUGAUGAGGUCAGAGAUGUGUUCAUGGAGGUGUACCGGGACGAACUCAGGGAGUACACUGAGUUGGCCCUGAAUGGCCAGCUGUCACCCACGGGCGCCAUCUUUGAUGGCGUGUCCCGCAACUACAAGCUGGACUCCUCCUUGGGAUCAAUCCAGAGCAACGUCAUCUUUGAUGGAAGCGACACCUUACCCAAGGAGAUGAUGCUGGAGACCACGCUGAAGGUGUUUGACUACAGCUACGACAUCUUCGAGGUCGGCGUUGAAGGAACGGGAUUCGAACCGACGAUCGAUGCUCUUUUUGGGGAGAGAGGUUUCCUCCCUGAGUCCAUGUCCAGACUGAUGUACUUGGUGCAGGACAAAGCCCCGAUCCUCAAAGCCAUUUUGGACAGAAUAGCACCUCAACGAGACAGAAGGAAGAGACAGAUCCCAGAAGACUUUCUGAAAGACAUGGCAGACAGAAUCCAGAGACUUGUGAACGAUGUGAGCUCCUCUCCAGCGCCUGAAGCCGCCGCCUACCUCCGACUUUUGGGGAAUGAGAUUGGAUAUCUGAAGACCGGCGAGAUGAGGAAAAUGUUUGAGACUCUGUUCAUGUACUACCACGUCUUCAUCAGGGUACUACCUGCCCAGGUGUUCUCUGAACUCAUAUCCAGGACUGACAAUGAAGUCUUUGCCCACUACAUCUUCAUGGAGAAUGCCUUUGCUCUACCCACCACAUCUGGCUUCCCUCUCAAGUUCUCACUGGCUGGUGUGUUUGCACCAGGUGUCAGAGGAGGCCUGACGCCCUCGGCAGCGACCCAGUUGUCCUUCAUGCCUUCGGUUGGACUGGAGUUCAUCACCCAGAUGGGCGUGCACAUUCCAGACUACGUGGACGCCGGGAUUCAGACGCACACCAACAUGUACCACGAAAGUUCCCUUAAUGCUAAAGCCACAGUUAACCGAAGGCAGGUCAAGCUGACCAUCCCUGCUCCUCAGUCGAACACUCAGCUGUUCAGCGUGAGCACCAAGGUGCUGUCUCUGUCAUCCGGUCAAACAACGACGGGGCCGUGCAAGGCGGGAGACCGGGCCGACUCGGUCGACUGCCAGCCUCUGUUCAGUGGUCUGAAGCUCUGCACAGCAGUGCGUUACUCCAACCCUACCUCUGUGGAUCAGGCACCGUGUCCCCCUCUAACCGGAGAAACCAGGUUUGCAGUUGAAAUCCAGCCAACAGGAACCGUUUCAGAGUACACCGCCACCUGGACUAAAGUCCACCCGUUGCUCCCUGCAGCUAACAGCCGGCUAAUUACUUUAAUUUUUAUCUUAACAGGCGACGACUCAUCGGAGGCCUCGGCAGCUCUGAAAUACAAUCGCUUAAAAAACACCGUCUCUGCUGAGGUCGUCAUUCCUGACUAUGACGUGGAAGCAGGAGUCAAACUGGGUUUAACUGAGAGCGGUGCUGAGACGAGGGGCAUCACCGUCGACAUCACCAACAAGAACAUCCCACAGCUGACGCUUGUUGGACGUGCCAGGCUUAGCAAGAUGAAUGAUGGCGUGCUGCAGCUCCAGAUGGUCGUUCCUUCUCUGAAAGCCGAUGCAUCUCUCACUGCAAACCUAAAGAAGGAUGAAGAUGUGGUCAUGGACCUGGAGACCAUCGUGCACCUCUCUGAGAUAUCAUACCAGCAAAAAGCUUCCCUAAAAUACGAUAAUGACAAGUUUGAGGUGGAACUGAAAUCUGACCUGAAUUCAGAGACGCAGAAAAUGAUCCCUAACGUGGAGGAUCGUCGCAGGUGGCUUCAACAGCUCGUUGAUGAGAUGCUGGACCAGAGGGUGGCGAAGACAGACAUGAAACUGCGUCACAUCAUCACGAAAGGAAUCGAGGCAGGUAACAUAUGGCUGGACAAGCUGACGGCGCACAUCCCCACUCUGGCAAACCUGCGAAGUAAGAGAAGCCUCUCUGAUCUCACUCUGCCAGCUCUGCCAGAAAAACUGUUCCUGCAGUCCGACACUUUGUUCCGGUACCAGUUCAACAAGGACAAGAUGGCCAUCUCGCUUCCUCUUCCACUCGGAGGCAAAAAGUCCGAAGAGCUGAACGUCCCAAACUCCCUGUCAGUGCCCCUCAUAGAUUUACCACAGAUAGGUCUGCACAUCCCACCCAGGACCUAUCAGCUCCCACGGUUCACCAUACCACCCUCUCUGGAUUUGUCUCUCCCCCUUCUCGGUCUGGCUGCAGCAUCCACAAAGAUCAGCAGCAACUUCUACAGCUGGGAAGGCUCGAUCUCUGGGGGCAACAACACCGCCGAUGUCCCCAGCUACACGGCACAGUUCAGGGCCGCGGCCCAGUCACCUUUCAGCCUGUUGUCAUACAAGCUUGAAGAGAGAUCAGACCAGUGGGGUCCUCUGAAAACGUCCAUGUACUGUGAUAUUUCUGCAGAUUCAUUUCCUGUUACUGGUUCAGCCGCGGCGCAGGUAGACUCUGCACCUGUGCGGUUUAACGGCAGCGUUCGCACCACGGCGCUGCCUUUUCGCCUCACUGUGGAUGCUGGUUUCAACGCUGCGGGAGAAAUGAAUCUAUGUGGGCAGCACACCGGAGACACGUACAGCCAGCUGCUGCUGAAAGCUGAGCCCCUAGCUCUUUCAUUUGCACAUAAAAGCGGCAUAUCAACAGCUCAUAAGCUCCCAAGUGGGGAGUCCUCUGCUGGUUUAAAGAACAUAUUUGAAGGUUUCCUGACUCCAAGCGAUCAAUUAUUGUCUUGGGAAGUAAAGUCUAAACUGAACGACUGUGCUUACAACCAGGCAACCAGUAUUUCCAACAAUCCAGAGAAAGCUGAAUUGGAGUUUUCAGCAAUAAUGUUAGAAGAUUUACGAGAAAAUGCAAAAUUCAACAUGUCUGGUUUCCUGCAGUAUGAUAAGAACAGUGACUGUCAUAUCAUCGAGAUUCCACUCAUCGAGAGCUUUCCUGCAGCUUUUCAGCAGCUCAAAAACACACUGGUUCAAACCUUAGAGUCGCUGCAGCAGGUCAUCCGCGACGUAGAUAUCGACGGGCUCAUCAGCAACUUUAGAGAAAAACUAGAACGGCUGCCGACACAAGUGAGUAACUUCAUGCAAGAGCUAGACUUGGAGAACAAAGUAAAUCACGUGAAAGUGAAACUUGAUGAUUGGAUCGGUGCCUCCGCCAUCACGAUGAAUGACUUGGAGCUCGCUGUGAAGAACCUGAGGAAGAAUUUAGAAACUACAGUAACGGACAUCAUCACCACAAUUCAAAAGCUCAUUUUUUCCGUUGAAGAGUACGUCAAGGGUGGACGUCUUGAAGCCCAGAUAACAAAUGUUCUUUCUGAUGUCGGAAAUCACAUGAGGGCCUUCGAUGACCAAUAUCAAAUUAAGCGGUCAUUUCUCAGAGUUCUUGAUAUCAUCGAAGACAUUAUGAAACAGAUCGAUUUCCAGAAACUCCGGGUAACCGGUGCUGUGUUUCUCCAGGAGCUAGACUCCAAAUAUGAAAUCUUGGAGACGAUUAAAACCAAACUAUCAGAACUGAAACGAGUCAUUGAGGAUUUUAACAUCAAGUCGAUUUUUGAGGAUCUGAAAGAGUAUCUCCUUUCAAUUGACUGGGCUGCGCAUGUUGAGCAGUUAUCUUAUAAUAUCCCCCCUUCAGAGAUAGCAAAAGUCAUGGAGUCUGUCCAUGAUGUUAUCAUCAACUGGAUCGAUGAAUAUGAAAUCCCCAACAAAAUCAAUGAAGUGUAUUUCUACAUCAGGGAUCUUGUUUUAAAAUACGACCUCGAUGAUAUAUUCAAACAGCUGAUGGAUCAGGUAGUGAUUCUGGUCGAGCAGUUUAAAAUUGAAAAGACUGUGCAGUCACUGGUAGAAGCUUUGAAGUCUGUCAAAUUUGAAUAUAUUUAUGAUAAAAUAAUGCAAUUUCUGUCCAGUGUGACAAAUCAGCUCAGAGCGAUCGACUUCAAGAAGAGCAUCGAUGACCUUAACAAAUAUAUUUCUUCGACUCUUAAAUCAAUGAGGACAUUUCGGUACGGUGCCUUCGUUGAUGACGCUAACAAGAAGAUUGCUGAACUAACAAACGACAUCAACGAGCAGAUUAAAAUAUAUGAGCUGGUGAAAAAAAUUGAGGCUGUUCGGGACUUUUUCAGAGAGAUCCAAACUUCCAUUUUUACGUAUUUGGAUGAACUAAAAAACACCAAAGUGGCUGAUGCUCUAAAAAGACUGAAAAAUGUGAUCGAUACUACAUUUUACAACGACAUCAAACUGAAGGUGCAGGAUAUCCUUGAGGAUGCAAGGGAGAGAAUUGUUGACAUGGACAUCAGAGGCGAACUGUAUUUAUUCCUCGAAAAGACUACAGGAAAUGGAAAGUGGUCGAUUUAUGACUACGCUGAUGAAGGUACUCACAAAAGCAACAUGGAGUUUGAUGUAAGUUUCAGCACUGCAAAGUUAACAUUUGUUGGAGAAACUGACUGUGAGGCCUUAAAAGCCAAGCACACGCUAAGAGCUGAAUCAGUGCUCUUAAAUCGGAUUAGCAUUGAUGCAAAAUGUGAAACUGAAACUCCAUCUGUGAAGAAGAGUGUUUUGGUUUUGGAUGGAGUGGCUGAUAUCGGGGACCUGAAGGUUGCACUCGCAGCCUAUCACGAUGCUGAAUUCAAUGGAAAACUGACUGGAUCCAUGUCCAACUCGCUGGAGUUCACAAUCCAUCCAUUUGAGGUGGCCUUCGAUGUUAAGAACAAAGUAAACUCGAAGGUUUUCUUUCCCCUGAGACUGACUGGAAAGGUAGCUCUGCAGCAUGACUGUGGUGUUGCAUUAAACUCUGUGAAACAGCACGCGUCCUGCUUUGCUUUGGCAAGGUUCAAUCAGUACAAGUACAGUCACAACAUCACCGCAGAAAACAAUGAUAUGGACAUCUUCUUCCACUCUUCGGCAAACGGAGAGGCUAACCUGGAAUUUUUGACGAUUCCGCUCUCUAUCCCAGAGAUGACCAUACCUUAUUUCCAGAUUAAAACCCCUGAAGUCAGAGAAUUUCCGCUGUGGGAAAAUGCUGGAUUCCAAACUUUGCUCACCACACCUCAGCAAUCAUUUGACAUGAACUUGAAGCUUCACUAUUACAAGAACCCUGACACCCACAGCUUUGAACUGUACCUUACACCGAUCUACGGUGCAAUCAGCGACAAAGCCACCGUCCUCCAGGCUCAGUUUGAAGACUUUCGGGACAAAGUGGUUGCAUUUUUAAAAGAUUCAUACGACCAAGCAAGGCCACAGUACAUCAAACACAGAACUUACAGAUCUAGCCUGCCACCUAGCAUCUUCAGAGUCCCCGGAUAUAAAAUACCAAUCCUGGAUAUACAGGUUUCACCUUUCAGAGCCGAGAUGCCGGCCUUUAGCUAUUUCAUUCCCAAAGAGGUCAGGACCCCAAGCUUUAAAGUCCCAGCUCUGGGGUUCUCUGUGCCGUCCUAUACUCUUGUGCUGCCAUUAUUAAAGUUUGCUGUCAUUCAUGUUCCAGAAACGUUAAGUGAAGUAACCUUGCCCACUUUUAGACUGCCACCCAUGCAGAACAACAUAGCGAUCCCAGCUAUGGGUAACAUGACAUUUGAUUUCUCCUUCAAAUCCGCUGUGAUUUCGUUCAUUGCCACCGCAGGCCUUUACAACCAGUCUGACAUUGUUGCUCGUUUUGGCACCUCUUCAACGUCAGCGUUUGACAUUUUGAACAUAAAAAUCGAUGGCACCUCCAGCUUGACGAGGACGAGAGGAAUAAAAGUGGCCUCAGCUGUUUCCCUGGAGCACAACAACAUCAAUGCAAACCACGAAUGUGCUGUCAACCUCAACAAAAGGGGCAUGGAAGCUUCUUUAACCAACACCGCAAAGGUCAAGCUACCCUUCCUCAACCUGGAGCUGAAUCAAGAGCUCAUCGGAAACACCAAAACAAAGCCAAAACUCACAUCCAAGAAAAAGUUAAAGUACAUUUUUAGCAUUCCUCUGAUUGAGGCUGCAGGAAACUUUGACAUGAACUGGGAACUGGAAGCACUUCCUUCUUAUGUGUCUCUGGAGACCAGCACCCAGGGGAAGACAGACAUUAUGAUGGUGAACGGCUGCAUCUUUUCUGGAGAUCUAGAGAAUAAAGCCAGUUUCUACUUCACUGCCAACAGCCUGCGUUCAACUGUCAAGACUGUCUUAAACUCAAACCUCGACAAACAAGAGAAACAAAAACGAAACUCCAACAACAUCUUCCUGUUUGACUUGAAUAAGGAGUUAGCUCUGGCAGUUUCCUUGCAGCGAAUCUUUGCAACGGCUGAAUGCACGAGCACCAACAAUGUCGAUUUGGCCUUUUUCACAACAAAUGGAAAACAUGUCGCCAAAGGAGAACUGGACUUUAUUCCUUUAACGACCUUCAAGACCAAACUGAACAUCGAAGCGAGCCAGCCGAGCAGUUUGGGCGAUGCUCGACUCAUUCAGAGCGUUAACCUGGCCAUCAGCUCAGAGCAGCAGUCUCUCACCUGGAGAGUUAAGGAACAGCUCGCGUCUUUCGUCCAUGCUCAUCUAUUACUGCUGUCCAAUGAUGAAUCAGCAGUGCGCUUGGAGUUGGCUGGAUCAGCAGAAGGUCCCCUCGCUUUUUUGAAGACAGUCAAGAUUCCUAUUUAUCAGAAUACCCUCUGGGAUGUGCUCAGGUUUGAUCAGGUCACCAGUACGAAUAAAUUACAAUUCCUCAAUGUCUCUACUAGUAUUGUGUACACAAAGAGCAUGGAUGGCCAUGAAUAUGCAAUACCGUUUACACUUUUGGAAAAUGGUGUCAGUUUUAGCAUCCCUCAGAUCAGCAUUGCAGUGCCUUCAUGGCUCAAAGGAAUUCCAAGCUCCAUAAGGAACAUAGACGAGCGUCUGGAAAACCCUGAGGUCCCGGAUCAUCUCACACUUCCCCCUGUGAUCUCAGUUCCUGCCUUUAAUGUACCAUUCACGACACUGCAUGUGGAGCCCUUCACACUCGAUCCGAACAACCUCAGCGUCCCGAGGGUGAUCAGCACCGAGGCCUUUGAAGUCAUGCUGCCUGGCCUGCCCGUACUGUCAGUGCCGGGUUAUGACAUUAACACAGAGUACCUGCAGGGAAAACCAUCAUUCCUUUCAUUUAAGACACCACAAUAUGAAAUCACAGUCUUACCUUUUACUCUACCAAAAUCAGUGACCAUCGGGGGGCAAACCAUCAGCCUAAAUUACAUCACACGCCAGAUUUCCAACUUUGACCUUCCAGCCAUCACCAUUCCAGAGCAAAGAAUCGAAAUCCCUGCAACGACCCUCCAUCUGCCUUCAAGUGUGUUUAUCCCAUCCUUUGGUGCCCUCAGCGUCUCUGUGAAGGUUUCAUCUCCCAUUUAUAGUGUGUCGACGACUGCCAGUGUCGAGAAAAAGGACUCCAACCUAUUAACUUCACUGAAAUCCAGAUGUGUUUCUACCAUGAACUUCUUGGAAUACGACCUCUCUGCUGAUGCAACCAUCGUAUAUGAUAACGGGGCAAUGAGUCUAACUGGGAAGGGCAAACUGAUUCACACUGAUGGAAAUGUCAACUGGCAACAUGUUUUGGCACAAAAUGUCCGAAUGAAGCGCCAAGUCUCAGCAGCUGAGUCACUGGAGCCUCGUCACACUCUUAGCGUUGACAUCAGCAGCCGAACGUUCACAGACGUGAGCUUCCGCUUUGCUUCCCGCAAAGAUGGCAUCACUGCAUCCGUGUCUUCGCCAUCAUCUGGUUUCCUUGGAGUGCAUUUACAGAGGAGGUCUCCAUCGCAGCUGUAUGGGAAGCUGUCCAGUCGAUACCUGUCGUCUCCAGACAGGGAUACCGAUGUCUUCGCUGCAAAAGUCUCACUGAGAAACUCGCAAAAAUUCUUCGUGCAGACUUCCUGGAAUCGGGACUUCCUGUGGGAUGUGAUGGAAGGCACCAAGCACAGAGUUCCUGCAAUGACAGACGCUGUGUUCAAGUGCAUUAACAAGUAUCACACCUCCCACUUUGGCUUUGACAUCAACCGUGGCAGCAAGAAGCUGAAAAACACACUUUCUUACGCCAUAGAGCGAGCCUACGACCAGGUUCCCGUGUCUUGUCCCACACUGCAGGAUUGGGUCCAAAACUUUGCUGAUGGAGCGCGAGAUAAUUACCGGAAGGCCUCUGACGUCUUGAUGUCCAUGACUGUGCAGGAUGCUAUAGACAGGCUGUUUGAGACGGUGAAGCGUGUCAUGAAACAGUGUGAAAACAACAUGAAUGUGCUGCUCGAUGCAGCCUUGCAGUUUGUGAAUGACACACGGUUCAUCGUGCCGGGAUCGGAGAGGAAGCUCUCUCUCAUGGAGGCGGUCCAGGAAGCCCGUAGUGCCAUUCAAAGAAUCAACGGCCUCGUGGAGAACAUCUCUACAGACAUCAGGAAAAUCAGGUUCACCGUACCUGGAAGUGAUGCUUUUGUUAGCGGAGAUGAGAUCAUGGAGAAGGUGGGGAAUAUUCUGGACCAGCUGAGAAAGGGCGUGAUCAGCGCGAUCAACGUGCUCCACCUGACAGCUGCUGGAUGUUUACGCGUCGUUGCUGAAAAAGCUGAGAGUUUCCUCGCCUACCUGCAAGAUCAAAACUCUGAAAUUUCCUCUAAAGUUGAUGCCAUUUAUGCAGAUGUUCGGCAGUUUUCAGAACAGCACGGCGAGGAGGCGCAGAGGUGCACGACUGAGUACAGAGACCUCAUCAAACUCAAGACCCAGAAAGCCUUAAAUGCUCUGAGCAUGGAGCGAGUAAAUGAUGGGAGCAGCAGGAUCAUCAGUAUUUUGCAGGUGCGCUUCUAUGAGGGACUUGAAGCCAGUGUGGCUCUAAUGACCCGGGUCUCCCAGAGCACAGCCCCCUACGUUAGAGUCAGCGAACAGAAGAUGGACAUUGAGAUACCUUUACCCUUCCUCUGGAGGUCUUUCAGCGAAUGGCCGACGCCGCUCAGACAGUGAAUUAACAACGUUGGAGAUAAAGUGGUUUCAUAAUGGAUGAAAAAAUUGAAAACUUCCUUUUUUGACAAUAAAAACUGUUUUAAAGUGAUUCUCAUAAA